GGAUUAAAUAUUGACACCACUCAGUAGGGAAUUCAGCGAAUUGAGUUUUCGCAGUAUUUUUUUGCAACAUUCGAAAUUUUGUAUUUAUUCUGUUUUGUGGUUGAGUGGUUAUGCUACAACAAUAAAAACAGUUAAACUGAUCGGUAAAUUAUGACUGACAACGGUAAAGUUAAAUGCAAAUACGGCAAAGAUUGCUAUCAAAAGAAUCCGGCGCAUCUAUCGAAAUUUACUCAUCCAACACCAGAUGAAUCCGAUGAUCAAGACAACAAACGAGGAGCCACUACGCCUCCGUUGAAUGAAAAUACGAAAAAGUUACGGACAUCCCGUAGCCCGUCUGGACCUUCAUACAAUCUGAGAUCUCCUCGCACCAAUCCGAACAAUGGUAAUGAAUUGAAUUCAUCUCGUUCGCCGGAGGCCAAAACUGAGCCCAAAUCAAGGGCCAUGAUAACUGGUAGGCCAAAAACGAACUCGGUUUCGGAAGGUCCAAGCCAAGAAAAGGAUCUAGAUUUUAUCAAUGACUGUUUUGACAAAGAAACACGGUUCUCGCAGCGAGCUGAAUACAAGGAGUUGCUGAAAGAUCCUCAACAGUUCAUAAAGCAUAAGUUCCUAAUAGAGAUGCCAGCCGACUUUUAUUUGUUCUGGGAUUUCUGUAAAUCAAAUGCCAAGAAAGAUCAAAAACCGGAAAACAUUUUUGCUAAAUUUGGCUUAAAACUUGUUGGACCGUUCGAUGUUCUUGCUGGUAAAUUCGAUGACGCACAAAUGUACGAGCCAGGUGAUUAUAUUCGGCAUCAUCGGUACUAUUUCGAUCCUCCAGAAUUUAGCACAAUUUUGUGCAAAGAGAAGUCGGGUGUUCAUUAUGGGUAUUGGCGAGAUGUUCCUAAAGAAAACGAAAAUUGUCUAGUCGCUCGAAACGAUGUUGACAAAGGAUGUGAGAUCAGUUUUGUUGCCGAUAAUUUAUUUUCGGCUGUAAAACAUUUUUUAGAUAAGGACGCCAAUUUGACGCCGUUCAAUAGAACAGCUGCUGGAGCCAUGAAAACUGCGCUGGAUGAUUUCGCUAAAGAAAAUAACGUUAAGCUGGACUCACUGUCAAGUAAGCUGAAGGCAAGAAAUAUGAAAGUUGUAUCUAAAACAUUUCACAAGGCUGGACUGGUUGUGCCUGUUGACAAGGAGACGGACAUUGGUUAUCGCAGCUUAAUUGAAACGGACGCUAACAUCAAGAAAAUACUAAGCCUUUUGGAUGAUGAUCCUGACAAGAACACUGUCCAGAUGGUUAUGGAAAAAUUAGCCCCCUUGAUUACAGCAGCCAGUAUUGCCGUCGAUGAAUCGGACUUCGGCAAUUCGAUUGAACUGGGAAUCGAUCUAUUUUGCUAUGGAGCUCCACAGCUGCAUUCAACAUUACUGCGGUUGCUGGUGAAUGGUUACACCAUGAUUGACCGGCCACAAUUCAUUGCCAUCAUAAAGGCGCACUUGGAGAAUCGCGACCGGGGAACGUAUUUGAGCAUUUUAUAGCAGAGAUUUUGAUGAUAAACGUACAAGUCUCUCCUUAUUCAUUUUUCAUUUUGUCGGAUGGUUUGUGCUGAAAUCAUCUUGUUGUUUUAUCGCAUAAAGGAAUGGAAAAGUAUUUAUAUCAGAGGACAGUCUCCGAAAUUACAAAACCGAAGUACUCAAUAUAUGAAAUUACAAUUACUAGGUUAACGUU